GUGGUAUCCCAGAAACACCAUUCACUCUGAGCUGUGACCGCGCACCAUCAACAGCAACAACUCCACUGCGCCUGGCCGAGGAAUAGGAAUUAGGAGCUCUCCCGAAUAAUAUGAAAGGGAUCUGCAAAGGGGAAAUCCGUGCAAAGGAGUCGAAAAUAGCAGACUUUUGGGACAGGGGAUGUACUAAAUGUGGCCGGCUGGACUUCAUGCUGCUGAAGAAAAUGGGGAUUAAAAGUGGAUUUACAUUUUGGAACCUCGUCUUUUUAUUGCUGGUUUCCUAUGUGCAAGGGUUUAUUUAUACCUGUGGUGGAACUUUAAAAGGUCUUAAUGGCACUAUAGAAAGUCCUGGCUUCCCAUAUGGAUAUCCAAAUGGUGCAAACUGUACAUGGGUAAUAAUAGCAGAAGAACGAAACAGAAUACAGAUUGUUUUUCAGUCUUUUGCUCUAGAAGAGGAAUAUGAUUAUUUAUCAUUAUAUGAUGGACAUCCUCAUCCUGCAAACUUUAGGACAAGGUUAACAGGAUUUCAUCUUCCUCCACCUGUGACAAGUACCAAGUCUGUGUUUUCACUGCGUUUGACAAGUGACUUUGCAGUUAGUGCCCAUGGGUUUAAAGUAUACUAUGAAGAGUUACAGAGUAGUUCUUGUGGCAAUCCAGGAGUUCCACCAAAGGGUAUCUUGUCUGGUACGAAAUUUGAUGUUGGUGAUAAAAUCCGCUACAGCUGUGUAACUGGAUACAUUUUGGAUGGCCACCCCCAGCUUACCUGCAUAGCUAACUCAGUGAACACAGCAUCGUGGGAUUUCCCAGUUCCUAUCUGCAGAGCUGAAGAUGCAUGUGGAGGAACAAUGAGAGGAUCCAGCGGCAUGAUCUCCAGUCCCAAUUUUCCUAAUGAGUAUCAUAAUAAUGCCGAUUGUACAUGGACCAUUGUGGCAGAGCCUGGCGAUACCAUUUCACUUAUAUUUACUGAUUUUCAAAUGGAAGAAAAAUAUGAUUACUUGGAAGUAGAAGGUUCUGAACCACCAACAAUAUGGUUAUCUGGAAUGAAUAUACCCCCUCCAAUUAUCAGCAACAAAAACUGGCUCAGACUUCAUUUUGUAACGGACAGCAACCACCGAUACCCUGGAUUUAGUGCUCCCUAUCAAGUGAAAAAGGCCAUAGAUUUUAAAUCUAGAGGAUUUAAAUUGUUUCCAGGGAAAGACAACAGCAACAAGUUUUCUAUCUUAAAUGAAGGAGGUAUUAAACAGGCAUCCAAUUUGUGUCCAGAUCCUGGAGAACCAGAAAAUGGAAAACGACUAGGCUCAGAUUUUAGCUUGGGAACAACAGUGCAAUUCUCCUGUGAUGAAGACUAUGUGUUGCAGGGGGCAAAAAGUAUCACCUGUCAGAGAAUAGCUGAAGUGUUUGCUGCGUGGAGUGAUCAUAGACCCAUGUGUAAAGUAAAAACUUGUGGAUCUAAUCUUCAGGGACCCAGUGGCACCUUUGCAUCACCCAAUUUUCCAUUCCAAUAUGACAGUAAUGCUCAAUGUGUUUGGGUCAUCACAGCUAUAAAUACCAAUAAGGUUAUUCAGAUAAAUUUUGAAGAAUUUGAUCUGGAGAUUGGCUACGACACACUGACAAUUGGUGAUGGAGGGGAAGUCGGUGAUCCUAAAACUGUGCUGCAAGUGUUAACAGGAAGUUUUGUACCAGAUUUAAUUGUGAGCAUGAACAGUCAGAUGUGGUUACACCUUCAAACGGAUGAAAGUGUGGGCUCAAUUGGCUUCAAGGUGAACUACAAAGAAAUUGAAAAGGAAAGCUGUGGGGAUCCUGGAACACCAUUGUAUGGUAUCAGAGAAGGGGAUGGAUUUUCCAACCGGGACAUUUUAAGGUUUGAGUGUCAGUUUGGAUUUGAACUAAUUGGAGAGAAAUCCAUUGUGUGUCAGGAGAACAACCAGUGGUCUGCAAACAUUCCAAUUUGUAUUUUUCCUUGCCUUUCUAAUUUCACUGCACCGAUGGGAACAGUUCUUUCACCUGAUUACCCAGAGGGAUAUGGAAAUAAUUUAAACUGCAUCUGGACAAUAAUCUCAGACCCAGGGAGCAGAAUUCAUCUCUCUUUUAAUGACUUUGACUUGGAAUCUCAAUUUGACUUCCUUGCAGUUAAAGAUGGUGACUCUCCAGAUUCUCCAAUACUUGGUACUUUCACUGGUGCUGAGGUUCCUUCGCAUCUUACCAGCAACAGUCAUAUCUUGCGUUUGGAAUUUCAAGCUGACCAUUCAAUGUCAGGACGUGGCUUUAACAUCACUUAUAACACUUUUGGACAUAAUGAGUGUCCUGAUCCUGGAGUACCAAUCAAUGCACGACGUUUUGGUGACAACUUUCAAUUAGGGAGUUCAAUCUCAGUCAUUUGUGAAGAAGGAUUUAUUAAAACACAAGGAACCGAAACCAUUAGCUGUAUACUAAUGGAUGGGAAAGUAAUGUGGAGUGGACCUAUCCCUAGGUGUGGAGCUCCAUGUGGUGGGCAUUUUUCAUCUCCCAGUGGAGUAAUCCUCUCUCCAGGCUGGCCUGGGUACUAUAAAGACUCCUUGAAUUGUGAGUGGGUGAUUGAAGCUGAACCAGGACACUCUAUCAAAAUUACAUUUGAAAGAUUUCAGACUGAACUCAAUUAUGAUGUUUUGGAAGUUCACGAUGGACCAAAUCUCCUGUCUCCACUUCUGGGUUCCUACAAUGGUACACAGGUCCCACAGUUUCUGUUCAGUAGCAGCAAUUUCAUUUACCUUCUUUUUACAACAGACAACAGUCGUUCUAAUAAUGGAUUCAAGAUUCACUAUGAAAGUGUAACAGUUAAUACCUAUUCUUGUUUGGAUCCUGGCAUACCAGUUCAUGGAACUCGUUAUGGUCAUGACUUCUCUAUUGGUUCCACUGUAUCAUUUAGUUGUGAUCCAGGAUACAGGCUGAGCCAUGAAGAGCCUCUGCUAUGUGAAAAAAACCAUUGGUGGAGCCACCCGCUCCCAAAUUGUGAUGCCUUAUGUGGAGGAGAUGUUAGAGGACCUAGUGGAACCAUUUUAUCCCCUGGUUAUCCUGAAUUGUACCCAAAUUCACUGAAUUGUACAUGGACUGUGGAUGUCACCCAUGGAAAAGGAGUGCAGUUCACCUUUCACACCUUUCAUUUGGAAGACCAUCACGACUACUUACUAAUUACAGAGAAUGGCAGUUUCACUCAGCCACUAGCACGCCUGACUGGAUCAGAACUUCCUUUGGCAAUCAACGCUGGUCUCUAUGGAAAUUUCAGGGCUCAGUUGCGCUUUAUUUCAGAUUUUUCAAUAUCAUAUGAAGGAUUUAACAUUACUUUCUCUGAAUAUAAUCUUGAACCUUGUGAGGAUCCUGGGAUUCCACAGUUUGGUAACCGAAUAGGAUUUAGCUUUGGAGUCGGUGAUACUCUGACAUUCUCUUGUUCAUCUGGAUACCGUCUAGAAGGAGCUUUGGAGAUUAUCUGUCUUGGUGGUGGCCGACGUGUAUGGAGUGCACCUCUGCCAAGGUGUGUGGCUGAAUGUGGAGCCUCUGCAACAAAUAAUGAAGGAAUUUUGCUGUCCCCCAAUUACCCACUCAACUAUGAAAACAACCAUGAAUGCAUUUAUAGUAUUCAGGUACAAGCAGGGAAGGGAAUCAAUAUUUCAGCCAGAACUUUUCACUUAGCACAAGGAGAUGUUCUUAAGAUAUAUGAUGGAAAAGACAACACAGCUCACCUGCUGGGUGCAUUUACUGGGGCCUCAUUAAGAGGACUGACACUAAGUAGUACUUCAAAUCAUCUGUGGUUGGAAUUUAACUCAGAUACAGAGGGAACCAAUGAAGGUUUUCAGCUUGUUUACACAAGUUUUGAGCUUUCACACUGUGAGGAUCCUGGUGUGCCACAAUUUGGAUACAAGAUCAGUGACCAAGGCCAUUUUGCUGGCAGUACCAUCAUUUAUGGAUGCAAUCCAGGUUACACACUCCAUGGAAGUAGCCUUCUAAAGUGUAUGACAGGAGAAAGAAGGGCAUGGGACUAUCCUCUGCCAUCCUGUAUUGCUGAAUGUGGAGGCCGUUUUAAAGGAGAAUCAUCAGGAAGAAUCUUAUCUCCUGGCUAUCCUUUUCCCUAUGACAAUAAUCUGCGUUGUAUAUGGAUGAUUGAAGUAGAUCCAGGAAAUAUUGUCAGCCUCCAGUUUCUUGCUUUCGAUACCGAAGCAUCACAUGAUAUAUUACGAGUUUGGGAUGGGCCACCAGAAAAUGAGAUGCUACUCAAGGAAAUUAGUGGAUCUCUUAUUCCAGAAAGCAUUUACAGCACACUGAACAUAGUGACUAUCCAAUUCGACACAGACUUUUAUAUAAGCAAAACUGGGUUUGCCAUCCAGUUUUCAAGCUCUGUAGCCACCGCCUGCCGUGAUCCUGGUGUUCCUAUGAAUGGAACUCGAAAUGGGGAUGGAAGAGAACCUGGAGACACUGUUAUUUUUCAGUGUGACCCUGGAUAUGAACUUCAAGGAGAUGAGAGAAUAACCUGCAUUCAGGUAGAAAAUCGGUACUUCUGGCAGCCCAGCCCACCAGUCUGUAUAGCACCCUGUGGAGGAAACUUGACAGGCUCAUCAGGUUUUAUUCUUUCACCAAACUUUCCUCAUCCAUAUCCGCAUAGUAGAGACUGUGACUGGAGUAUCACUGUUAAUAACGACUAUGUUAUAUCAUUAGCAUUUAUCAGUUUCAGUAUAGAACCAAAUUAUGACUUCCUCUAUAUCUACGAUGGGCCAGAUGGCAAUAGUCCACUAAUUGGGAGUUUUCAAGAUAGCAAGUUGCCAGAGAGAAUAGAAAGCAGCUCAAACAACAUGCACUUGGCUUUUCGGAGUGAUGGAUCUGUUAGCUUUACUGGUUUCCAUUUGGAGUAUAAAGCCAAACUACGUGAGUCCUGCUUUGAUCCCGGGAAUGUAAUGAAUGGCACAAGACUUGGAAUGGAUUAUAAACUGGGAUCAACAGUCACAUAUUACUGUGAUGCAGGUUAUGUUCUUCAAGGGUAUUCUACCCUUACUUGUAUGAUGGGAGAUGAUGGAAGACCGGGGUGGAACAGAGCACUACCCAGCUGUCAUGCACCAUGUGGGAGCCGGUCGACAGGCUCUGAGGGCACGGUAUUAUCACCAAAUUACCCAAAAAACUACAGUGUUGGACACAACUGUGUUUACUCUAUUGCUGUUCCCAAAGAAUUUGUGGUGUUUGGCCAGUUUGUAUUUUUCCAGACAUCGCUCCAUGAUGUGGUUGAGGUGUAUGAUGGUCCAACACAGCAAUCGUCUUUAUUAUCCUCCCUCUCAGGAUCCCAUUCAGGCGAAUCCCUUCCACUGAGCUCAGGUAAUCAAAUCACAAUUAGAUUUACUUCAGUGGAUCCAGUAACAGCGAAAGGUUUUCACUUUGUAUAUCAAGCUGUUCCAAGAACAAGUGCAACACAGUGCAGCUCUGUGCCUGAACCAAGAUUUGGAAAAAGGAUUGGAAAUGAAUUUGCAGUUGGUUCGUUGGUUCUUUUUGAGUGUAAUCCAGGAUACAUCCUUUAUGGAUCAAUAGCUAUUAGAUGUGAUUCAGUACCAAAUGCUUUGGCACAGUGGAAUGAUUCCCUCCCUACAUGUGUCGUACCUUGUGGUGGAAUUUUAACUAAGCGCAAAGGGACCAUUUUGUCUCCUGGUUACCCUGAGCCUUAUGACAACAAUCUGAAUUGUGUGUGGAAGAUCACAGUGCCAGAGGGAGCUGGAAUUCAAGUGCAGGUUGUGAGUUUUGCUACAGAGCACAACUGGGACUCUUUGGAUUUUUAUGAUGGUGCUGACAACAAUGCUCCAAGGCUUGGAAGUUAUUCCGGAACUACAAUUCCUGCACUGCUCAACAGCACAUCUAACAACUUAUACCUAAACUUUCAGUCUGAUAUUAGUGUUUCAGCUGCUGGGUUUCAUCUUGAAUAUACAGCUAUAGGUUUGGACUCUUGCCCCGAACCACAGACCCCUAGCAAUGGAAUUAAAAUUGGAGAUAGAUACAUGGUUGGAGAUGUGGUCUCUUUCCACUGUGAUCAGGGAUAUUCCCUUCAGGGACAUUCACAUAUUACCUGUAUGCCUGGACCGGUGAGAAGAUGGAAUUACCCUAUUCCAAUAUGUUUAGCACAAUGUGGUGGUGCUAUGUCUGACUUCAGUGGAGUGAUUCUUAGCCCUGGGUUUCCUGGAAACUAUCCCAGCAGUUUAGAUUGCACAUGGACAAUAAAGUUGCCUAUUGGGUUUGGUGUGCAGUUGCAAUUCGUAAAUUUCUCAACUGAGACAAUACAUGAUUACUUAGAAGUAAGAAGUGGAUCUACAGAAACUAGUACUGUUAUUGGGAGACUUAGUGGUCCUCAGUUACCAGCUUCUCUGUUUAGUACAACUCAUGAAACGAGCUUAUAUUUUCACAGUGACUACUCACAGAACAAACAAGGGUUUCAUAUUAUAUACCAAGCUUAUCAGUUGCAAAGCUGUCCUGACCCUCGGCCAUUCCGUAAUGGUUUUGUGAUUGGAAAUGACUUUACUGUAGGACAAACAAUUUCAUUUGAGUGUUUUCCUGGGUACACCUUAAUUGGAAAUUCAGCACUGACUUGUCUACAUGGAGUCAGUCGUAAUUGGAACCAUCCUCUCCCCAGGUGUGAAGCUCUCUGUGGAGGAAACAUAACUGCAAUGAAUGGCACCAUAUAUUCUCCUGGAUACCCUGAUGAGUACCCAAACUUUCAGGACUGCUUUUGGCUUGUCCGAGUACCACCUGGUAAUGGAAUCUAUAUCAAUUUUACUGUUCUUCAAACAGAGCCAAUAUAUGAUUUCAUAACUGUAUGGGAUGGGCCAGACCAAAGUUCUCCUCAGAUUGGACAGUUUAGUGGCAACACUGCUUUGGAGUCUGUCUACAGUACUUCAAACCAGAUUCUCAUCAAGUUCCACAGUGACUUCACAACAAGUGGUUUCUUUGUGCUAAGUUAUCAUGCCUAUCAGCUUCGAGUAUGUCAACCUCCACCAACUAUACCAAAUGCUGAAAUUUUGACUGAGGAUGAUGAAUUUGAAAUAGGGGACAUAAUAAGGUACCAGUGUCAUCCAGGCUUUACAUUGGUUGGUAAUGAAAUUCUAACAUGUAGAUUGGGAGAAAGACUUCAGAUGGAUGGAGUGCCACCUUCUUGUCAAGUGCUCUGUCCAGCCAAUGAAAUGCGUCUGGAUUCAACAGGAGUCAUACUGAGCCCAGGCUACCCUGACAGCUACCCAAACCUCCAAAUGUGCGCUUGGACCAUUACUGUGGAAAAGGGUUAUAAUAUCAGCAUGUUCUUUGAAUUCUUCCAAACAGAAAAGGAAUUUGAUAUACUUGAGGUGUUUGAUGGACCAAAUAGUCAUAGCCCAUUGCUUAUUUCCCUAAGUGGGGAUUACUCCUCCUCUUUAAAUAUAUCCAGUAAUGGCCAUGAAGUGUUUCUCCGGUGGUCAGCAGAUCACGGCACCAACAAAAGAGGUUUCAGGAUAAGAUACAUAGCUCUUUAUUGUAGUACUCCCGAAUCCCCUCCACAUGGAUUCAUUGUCAGUCAGACAGGUGGACAGCUCAACAGUAUGGUUCGCUGGGCUUGUGAUCGAGGAUUUAGGCUUGUUGGGAAAAGUACCGCUGUAUGCAGGAAAUCUCCAUAUGGAUAUCAUGCAUGGGAUGCACCAGUCCCAGCUUGUCAAGCAAUAUCUUGUGGAAUUCCUAAAGCUCCAUUAAAUGGUGGAAUCUUAACUACAGAUUACUUAGUUGGCACCCGUGUUACUUACUUUUGCAAUGAUGGGUGUAGACUAUCAUCCAAAGAGCUUACUACUGCAGUCUGCCAGCCAGAUGGUACAUGGAGCAAUCAUAAUAAAACACCUCGUUGUGUAGUUGUUACAUGUCCAAGCAUCAAUUCCUUUACUCUGGAACAUGGGAGAUGGCGAAUAGUGAAUGGCUCACACUAUGAGUACAAAACAAAAGUUGUUUUUAGCUGCGAUCCAGGCUAUUAUGGUUUGGGACCAGCAUCCAUUGAGUGUCUUGCUAAUGGAACAUGGAGUUGGAGAAACGAGAGGCCUUACUGCCAAAUUAUUUCUUGUGGAGAACUUCCUGUACCUCCCAAUGGGAAUAAGGUUGGAACUCAAAUCACAUUUGGAUCUACAGCUAUAUUUACUUGUGAUUCCGGAUUCAUGCUAGUUGGCUCUACUGUAAGGGAAUGUCUUUCUUCUGGACUCUGGAGUGGAACUGAAACCAGAUGCUUAGCUGGUCACUGUGGUGUUCCAGAUCUCAUAGUCAAUGGUCAAGUGAUUGGAGAGAAUUAUGGGUACAGAGACACAGUUGUGUACCAGUGCAACCCUGGUUUUCGCUUGAUUGGUUCUUCUGUACGAAUAUGCCAACAAGAUCACAAUUGGUCUGGUCAGCUUCCAUCCUGUGUGCCUGUUAGCUGUGGUCAUCCUGGUAGUCCGAUUUAUGGAAGAACAAGUGGAAAUGGUUUCAACUUCAAUGAUGAUGUGACUUUCUCUUGUAAUACUGGAUAUGCUAUGCAAGGGCCAACAAGAGCACAGUGUCAGGCUAAUAGGCAAUGGAGCCAUCCACCACCAAUAUGUAAAGUGGUCAACUGUUCUGAUCCUGGAAUCCCUGCAAAUUCCAUACGAGAAAGUAAAAUAGAACAUGGAAAUUUCACCUAUGGAACAGUGGUGUUUUAUGACUGCAAUCCUGGACAUUUUUUAUUUGGAUCUUCUGUUUUAGUCUGUCAACCAAAUGGUCACUGGGAUAAGCCACUACCUGAAUGUAUUAUGAUUGACUGUGGCCAUCCUGGCAUUCCUCCUAAUGCGAUCCUGUCUGGAGAGAAGUAUACAUUUGGGUCUACUGUUCAUUAUACCUGCACAGGAAGGCGAUCACUAUUAGGCCAAUCAUCUCGCACAUGUCAAUUAAAUGGACAUUGGAGUGGAUCUCUGCCUCAUUGCUCAGGUGACACUGCUGGUUCUUGUGGGGAUCCAGGAAUCCCAGGUCAUGGUUCUAGAGAAGACAGUGAUUUUAAAAUUAAAAGUACUGUACGUUUCAACUGCGAGAUUGGUUAUAGCCUUCAUGGGUCAGAAGAAAGAACAUGUUUGGGAAAUGGAACCUGGACAGGAAGACAGCCAGAGUGUAAAGCUGUGCAAUGUGGUAAUCCAGGAACAACUGCUAAUGGGAAAGUAUUUCGUAUAGAUGGCACAACAUUUUCUAAUUCGGUAAUUUAUUCCUGUAUGGAAGGAUACAUACUUUCUGGAUCUUCUGUGAGACAGUGUACUGCCAAUGGAACAUGGUCUGGAUCCUUGCCAAAUUGCACAAUAAUCAGUUGUGGAGACCCAGGUGUACCAGCCAAUGGCUUGAGAUAUGGUGAUGAUUAUGUUGUUGGACAAAAUGUUACCUACAUGUGCCAGCCUGGCUAUACAAUGGAAUUGAACAGCUCCAUAAUUCGCACCUGUACCAGCAACGGCACAUGGAGUGGAACAAUCCCAACUUGUAAAGCUGUUACCUGCCCAACUCCUCCCCAGAUCUCUAAUGGAAGGUUGGAAGGAACAAAUUUUGACUGGGGAUUUAGUAUUAGCUAUGUCUGCUCCCCAGGCUAUGAACUAUCCUUUCCUGCUGUUUUGACCUGUGUAGGAAAUGGAACUUGGAGUGGUGAGGUACCUCAGUGCUUACCAAAGUUUUGUGGUGACCCUGGAGUACCUGCUCAAGGGAAAAGAGAAGGCAAGAGCUUCAUCUACCAGUCAGAAGUCUCUUUCAGCUGCAAUCCUCCAUUUGUUUUGGUUGGGUCCAAUACUAGAAUAUGUCAAGCAGAUGGAACUUGGAGUGGUUCUUCUCCUCGAUGUAUAGAACCCACUCGCACAUCAUGUGAAAAUCCUGGAAUCCCACGGCAUGGAUCACAAAACAAUACAUUUGGCUACCAGGUGGGAAAUGUUGUUCAAUUUCAAUGUAAAAAAGGACACCUUCUCCAAGGAUCUACAACCCGAACUUGCCUACCUGAUCUUACGUGGAGUGGGAUUCAGCCAGAAUGUAUACCACACAGCUGUAAACAACCAGAGACUCCAGUUCACGCUAAUGUGGCUGGAAUGGAUCUUCCUUCACUUGGUUAUACAUUGAUUUAUACCUGUCAGUCAGGCUUCUUCCUAGCAGGAGGAUCAGAACACAGAGUCUGUAGAUCUGAUGGCACAUGGACUGGAAAAGUUCCAGUUUGUGAAGCUGGAUCAAAAAUAUUAGUGAAAGACCCUAGACCAGCUUUGGGAACACCGAGUCCUAAACUAAGUGUUCCUGAUGAUGUAUUUGCCCAAAAUUAUAUAUGGAAAGGAUCUUACAAUUAUAAAGGCAAGAAACAGCCCAUGACUUUGACAGUGAACAGUUUCAAUGCAUCAUCGGGGAGAGUAAAUGCUACACUCACUAAUAGCAAUAUGGAACUGCUACUUUCAGGGGUGUAUAAAAGUCAGGAAGCUCGACUGAUGCUCCAUAUAUAUCUUAUUAAAGCGCCAUCUCAUACUUCUGUGAGCAAGAUGAAAGAGGAAAAAUGGGCUAUGGAUGGUUUUGUUUCUGCUGAACCUGAUGGAGCUACAUAUGUUUUUCAAGGAUUUAUCCAGGGUAAAGAUUAUGGACAAUUUGGACUUCAAAGAUUAGGUCUUAACAUGUCUGAAGGUUUGAAUUCUUCUAAUCAACCACAUGGUACAAAUAGUAGUUCUGUGGCCAUUGCAAUCCUUGUGCCUUUCUUUGCCCUUAUAUUUGCAGGUUUUGGGUUUUACCUUUAUAAACAAAGGACUGCACCUAAAACACAGUAUACAGGAUGCUCUGUUCAUGAAAAUAACAAUGGACAAGCUGCUUUUGAAAACCCCAUGUAUGACACAAAUGCAAAGUCUGUAGAAGGAAAAGCUGUACGAUUUGAUCCCAACUUGAACACUGUCUGCACAAUGCAACACAUGCAGCUGGUGACAGGGAAAGUUCUGCUUCUAUGUAUUUUCUUGCUGUGGACCUUUGCUACUAGACAUCAGUUUUACAAUGAAUGAUGUGAGGAUGCACCAUAUGAACUGAGUUUUGUCAUGCAGCAAUGUUUCUUACUGUUGAAGAUCACUUGGAAGAGUGACCUUUUUACACUGUUUUUACAGACAUCAGAAAUUUAACCUUUUUGAAGUUUUCAGUUUAGAAAAUUACGGUUUACAGUAACACUAGAAAUCAAGUUGGUAUAUGAAGAACAUAAAGCUCCACACCUCAGUCCAUACCACUGUUGUCUACACUGUAUCACGUUAUCAGUAUUAUUUUACUACUACUACAUUUUGUUAAAAAGCUCACACUGAGCAUGAUUCAAAAACCAUUGAAGUUAAUAGAAGGAUUUCCAUUGACUUCAAGUGGGCUUUGGAUCUGGCCCACAGACCUUGCCUAAUCAGAAUUUGAAAAUGCUUUGUUUUGGUGUACAAGUUAAUAUUGUGGGGAAAGCAACCCCUAAAAAUAAUUAUUCAAAACUGGAUAUAUUGCAGCAAUUCAAUAGAAAGAUGUGGUUUUUAAAAAAUAAAGCCAUGGUUUUAUUAGGAGUAAUCCAUCAGAUGAUUCAAAUACCACCACCCAGAUUUUAAAAAUUGCAGAACCAUUUCAUUCUCAAACAAUGGAAUGGGAUCUUUAGUUUUACAGUUAUUGCAUAACAGAAUUAUCCAGAGAUAACCCCAGUAAUUUAUUUGUUGUAGGUCAUUGUCUUCCUUUUAUAGCAUGAAAUAAUUUUAGACUCAUACAUGCUGUAUGUUUGCCAGUGUGAAUUAUCUGUUACUGUCCCUUUCAGGCAUUAAUAAUUCUGUGAAAAAUCUGAACUUUUUAUUACUGUAAUAGAGAGUGCCUACCAAAAAUCAUUGUACCCACGAUUGCUGCUUGGAUUUCUAUAAUGUUUGAUGAAUUUCUUAUAAACCAUUUUACAACACUUUGUUUUGAAAAUUCACACAAUUCUGUCAAAAACUGUAUUCUACUGAAAGGAUGCUGUUUUCUAUUUUCUAUCAUCAGUUGUUAUUUAUUCUUGUUUAUUCAGAUGACUGCAAUAACUAUGAUUCAUUCAUUAAUCUUAAAGUUAGUACAUUUGAGAUCUCGUUUAAAAAUGUUUCUUCUGCAACUGGCUACUCCUCUUAUAUUAAUGCAUACACUUUUGUAAAGAAGUAUAUUUUUAUGAAAAAAAAGGAUUUGUAAAAGUAUGAUGUAAAUUUUCAGUGCAAUGUAAACAAAAUAA